GCCCGCCGCUCCGGAGGCCGUGGAGCCCGGUCCGCAGGCUUGUGGGUCAAUUGAGGGCCGAUCCGAGGCAACAAGGGGACCCACAUCUCAGAAAAUGUUGAGUACAUCGUAAACAACUUGGAGUUUGCUGGUUUCCUCCCAUCUCCGAACCGUGAAAAAGCAGUAUUUGUCCGGCUCUUCCGACGCCUGCUUUCCCACGCUGCGCGUCAAUUGAAACCAACCAAGCGCAAGCACACCACACUGCCUUCUUGUCGCGAUGUCGACCAAAUUGACGCUCAAGGUCGGCAACCGGGCGCCGAAGAAGCCCAUCCGGAAGCUUCCGUCUUCGAUCGAGCUGCCCCACGAUGCCACCGUCGAGGACGCCAAGAAGGCGAUUGCCCGCGAGUCGAGCGUCAAGGACUUCAACCGCCUCGGUCUCUACGACCCUGUGUCCAAGCAGUUCCUGAAGAAUCGCAGAGCUCUCCUCCGGGAUGAAGCCGGCGUCGUCAAGGCGGGCGAGUUGCUUGUCAAAGAUCUGGGCCCCCAGGUUGCAUGGCGCACCGUCUACGUUAUCGAGUACUUCGGUCCGAUCAUCUUCCACGUCCUGAUCCCGUUCCUUCGCCCGUACAUCUACGGCAUCCUGCCCUUUGUCGACAAGGCCGCGGCCGAGGCGCCCAUGGCGCAGGUGCAAUGGCUGCUCUGCGCCCUGUUCCACCUGCACUUCCUGAAGCGCGAGUACGAGACCAUCUUUGUGCACAAGUUCUCGGCCAACACGAUGCCGGCCCGCAACAUUGUCCGCAACUCGGCCUUCUACUGGCUCAUGGCCGGCCUGCUCUGCUCGCUCGACAUCUACGCCCCGAACAGCCUGGCCGCCCGCGACGAGCUAACCCUCCUCGACUACGUCGGUCUCGCCGUGUUUACCAUUGGCGAGGCGUGCAACUGGAUCGUGCACCAGCACCUGGCGAGCCUGCGGAAGCCCGGCGGUACGGAGAAGGGGAUUCCGAACUGCAUCGGCAGCAACCUCGUCACCAGCCCCAACUACAUGUUUGAGGUUCUGGCCUGGGUCGGCGUCAUCCUGAUCAGCCGCAGCUGGGCCGUGGUGCUGUUCAUCUGCACGGGCAUCAUCUACAUGCGCAGCUGGUCGCGCGACAAGGAGAAGGCGCUGCGCGAGGCGUUUGGCGACCGCUACAAGAAGAAGCGGUACACCAUGCUGCCGGGGUUGAUCUGAGUUGCCCCCCGGGGGCUUGAGAUGGAAGGGGACUCUCGGUCGUGUGUACGUGUACGAUAGGGCGCCGGGAUUGCCGUAGCGGGAUGCCCGGCUGAACUGAAUGGUAUUGAUGGCAUAGUAAGAUGACUGUACGUUAACAGGACUGGGAAUUCAAAGGAGGGGCCAAUGAUUGUCACCAUAAGUUU